UUGAUCAAAAUCUCUUCACUCAGAAACAACAAAGCAAACGUCUCUUCUUUUAUUUAAAUUCCAUUUCCUCUUUUGCUUAUUAAGUUCCUCUCCAAAUGGCGACCGCUGAGGUUGAGCAAGUGAUUCCAGCACCGGCAGAUCCCGAGGUCACGGAAAAGGUCGAGGAGGUUCCGGCAGCGGAGGAUCCAGCCGACGCCGCAACCGAGGAGACGGGGGUGGAAGCUCCUGCGGAAGAAACGGCCAAAGAAAUUGUCGUAGAAGAGGCCAAGGAGACAGAGGAACCAGCAGCAGAGGAAACAGAGGAGGUGGUGACCACCGAGGAGGCUAAAGAAGAAGAAGAAGAGAAGAAGACGGAGAAAGAAGUUCCAGCGGCGGAGGAGAAGGCGGAGGAGGAAUCUCCGGCCACUGCCGCCGAAGUGGCAGAGGAGAAAGCAGAGGAGUGAGUGAAUCUGGAAAGCAAGAGUUGGAGAGAUGGUACUGUGAUUUCUUGAAUGGCUCGUUGCCGUCAUUGGGUGUUGUUUUUCUUCUAUAAUUAUUUGGUCCGACCGAAUCCUAUGUUUUACUGUUAUGAUUGGAUAUGAUAUCUACUUUUUUUGUUUGGUGUA